CACUUUUUACUCUCUCUAUAUAAGAAAAUAAUACUAGCCCGUUUCAAAUAAUAUCUACACCAAAACAUACAUAAACACUAAAUCAAUGGGACUAAUUCUCGGAAGAAUCGCUGUCGAAACCCCGAAAUAUGAAGUGAUCAAGUCCUUGAGCGGAUACGAAAUCAGAAAAUAUCCACCCGCAGUUCUUGCACAAGUCACAUACGAUUCAUCCCAAUCCACAAGUGACAAAGACGGAUUCACCGUUCUCGCUAAUUACAUCGGUGCUUUCAGCAAUCCACAAAAUACAAAGCCCGAAAAAAUAGCCAUGACGGCUCCUGUCAUAACCAAAACUGGCGGUGAAAGCGAAAAGAUUGCGAUGACUGCUCCUGUUCUGACAAAAGAAGGCGGAGAAGAGAAGAAGAUGAUCACCAUGCAGUUCUCAUUGCCUGCCAAGUACACAAAAGCUGAGGAGGCACCGAAGCCGACGGAUGAGAGGGUGGUGAUAAGGGAAGAGGGGGAGAAGAAGUAUGGGGUGGUGAAGUUUAGCGGCAUAGCGUCGGAGAAGGUGGUGCAGGAAAAGGUGGAGAUGCUGAAAGAUAAGCUGGCCGGAGAUGGGUAUAAAGUGAUCGGGGAGUUUGUAUUGGCGAGGUACAAUCCACCUUGGAUCACUUUGCCUCCUUUUAGGACUAAUGAGGUUAUGAUACCAGUUGAAUGAUCAUCACAGAAUCACAUUAUCAGCUCGUUUCUGCAUGUUUAUUAUGAAUCUAUACUGUUGAAAAACUACCUUUUCUUUGCAAUUGUCAUAUUUAUAAUAAUAGUCUUACCUUUUUAUACUAGAUUUUAGUUCAGUUUUUAAAUAUUUAUGAAAGUAAUGGAAUUGAGAGGAACUCAAUCUUUUAUUA